AUGGCAAAUCGUACUGAUAUUAAUGUUAUUAAAACAUUUGGAUCCAAUCCACAAUACUUAAUUUCUAAUAUUAUAAGAAACAAAAUAUAUGACAGUCCAUACUGGAAGGAAAAAUGCUUUGCAUUAACAUCCGAAUCAAUAAUCGAUCAAGCAGUGAGCCUAAAAUAUGUUGGAGGAACAUAUGGAGGGAAUAGGAAACCAACACGUUUUCUUUGUUUAGUUUUAAAAUUAUUACAACUACAACCUGAUAAAGAUAUUAUAUAUGAAUUUAUAAAAAACGAAGAAUUCAUUUAUCUGAGAGCUUUAGGCAUAUUUUAUUUACGAUUAGUUGGUAAAGGUAUAGAAAUUUAUAAAAAUAUAGAACCAAUAUUAUUUGACUAUAGAAAAAUUAGAUUAAGAUUACAAGAUGGAUCAUUUCAAAAAAUAUAUAUGGAUGUGUUUGCUGAUAAUUGUUUAGUUUUUAAUAAUUUUCUAGAUGUUGAUUUCCCAGCUUUAACUAAAAGAAUGGUAUUAGAAGAAAAUAACUUAUUAGAAAAAAUUAAUUUAGAUUAUUAUAAAGAAUUAUUAGAUAUAUCAUCAGGAAAUGAACUCUUUAUGAAUGACAAAAAAAAUAAAAUAAGUUUUUCCAAUAAAAAAACAAAAAGAGACAAAAGUUAUGAUAGCAAUAAUUCUACUAGCCAAAGUUCAGAACUACAUUAUUCUAAACGAAAAAAAAAACAUAGAGACGAUAAAAAAGGGUAUGAUAAAAAAAAAAGACGAACAAGUUAUACUGACAAAAAUUAUCAUAAAAAAAAAUCAUAUUUGUCUAGUGAUGAUUACUCGAGAAGUGAUAGUUCAAAAUCGUAUGACCAUGAAAAAAGACAAAAAAAAAAUAAAAAAUAUGAAAAGUAUGAUGAAAAAAAACGUAGUAAAAAAAAGAACAAAAAAGAGGGGAAGCAUAAACAUGAAAAAAGUAAAAAUAAUUUAUCUGAUGUUCCAGAAAAAAAUAACGAAGAAAUGUCUAUCGAGCGAUGGAAUAAAAUACGAGAAGAACUUGGAAUGAAGCCCCUUAAAUGA